AUGAAUAGAUUUGAAGAUCGACGGGAACUAUCGCGUUUAGGAGAAGAUGAUGAACGAUCUGGAUUCGAUGAUCAUACUGAUAUCGCUUAUUAUAAUGAUAGACAAGAAGAAGAAGAAGAAGAAGAAGAAGAAGCACAACGACAACAGCAACAAAAAGAGCCAGAUCCAUUUGAAGAACUCGAAGAAUUUACUCCGAGUGUGAGAAUAGAUGCGAAUAAGUUCAGCAUGCUCUGUGAUCAUGUCGAGAGUAGUCUGUCAGAAAUUGAUAAUUCAAUGUUCGAAUUACUCGAGCUGAAAGACACUUUACUUCUACAAUUUCUGCCUCCAAAUGUAUCGACGCGAAUAACAUUGGUUAUCUCACGUUUAUAUCGUGCUUAUUCAUUGUCUCAAAUACCUCUUCAUGAACUUGUUCGCAUUGUUCACUUAUAUAGUCAACCAUUUGAUAUGAAGAGUGUAAUUAUGAAGAAAUUUUACGAAGGCAAUGAAAUGAAGAAAAGAAUGCUCAACGCGGCAUUGCAAAGGCUGACAUUGAUGGAAGGAAAUAAUAAACGAUAUCAACAGAUGAGAUGUAUAAGUAAUUGGGAAAAAAUGUAUAUUCAAUUAGCUUUGCCGAGAUCGAAUGUACGAAAGUGGAAAUUUCGUUUGAGAACUUUUCGCGAAACAUCUCAACUUGGUUAUGAACAUGUCAUCGAAUGGUUGAACUCGAGUGUUCCACGUCCGAAGUCUGAGAGCGAUGUUUUAUCGAAAGGAGAAUCGAUGGGCGAUGAAGAUGAACUUGAAGACCUCGAUCAACUUGAUUCCUCGGGCGAUCAAAGUAGUAUAAGAGAAAUCGAUGAUCAACAGCAGGGUUCUGAUUUGGACGAUGAUAUUCGAAGUGAUAACGAAGGAAGUUUCUUGAGUAGUGCAGGAAAACAACGAAAGAAACGAACAAGUGGAUCCGCGAAAGCCGAACCACAGGAACCUGAAAUGAAGCAAAUCGAUGUUGAAAUUCAAGCGACACCUGAUUUCGAUAAUCAGGAAACAUCGACGGGUGAUGUUCUUUCUACCAAAGCAUUAAUUAUACGUGUUUAUCGGCCCGUUGGACUCGAAAAGAAAACAUUCCAAUGUGUUAUUCAUACUCAAGGGCAAACUUAUAAAACAAAUAUUUUCACUUUUGAAAAAACGAAUACAUUGAAAACUGAAGAUGUCCAUACACCUGACCGAGGAAGUAGCCGACGGAAGCUGCGACGAUCGAUCGAGCCAAGAGCGAAAAGUCGAAAUGAAAAUACGCCACUUCAGGAAGAAAAUGACAUUAAUGCUAUUGAUAGAAAACAAUGUGAUGAACAAUUUAUUCCCAUGCCAGCUGUUUUGAAACGUCGAUCUUUGUUGGAUACUGGAGUGGAUCCUGAAGCGGUUAAUAUCGAUAUUUUGGGCGACGGAAAACUUUGUGGAUCGCUUGUGCUUUCAUCCGAAGAUUUACGAAUGCUCGAUCUUCCAAAUUUACAUAGCCCAUCAACCGCACCACUAGUGAUUAUCGAUGACAGUACACCGAACGAACCUGAACCGUCAUCAAGAACAACUCAACUUGAAUUCGAAGAAUUGUCGUAUGAUCUCUACAAAUCUUGGAUAUCACGUACACCACAAACAUUCACCAUCUACAACGACAAGCGUGAACCGAUCGCCAAACUGCCAUUACAUAUGUUUUGGUAUAAUAAAGUCGAAAUAACUCAUGCAACGAAAUGCACAAUGACUGCACCAAUGAAAGUUCGUGCACCAACAGCGAAGGCAGUGGUGUAUUCUCCGUCACCGCUGAUUUCGAAUGAAACAUCUGAACAAACGAUCCCGUUGAUAGUCGUACCUUCAACUGUAGAUCUCGAGGAAGAAGACAUCGUACCGACCAUUGAUGCGACCGAGGAGACUGAUGAGCAGCUGGAAAUGAUCAAAGUGUCAUAUGAAGAUAAAAUUGCUCGACUUCAUGAAAGUUACCAAGCGGAAAUUCAACGUUUACGGAAGCUUCUUAGUGAAUCACCUUCGCAUCGAUCGAAUCGAAUGGAUGAAGUCUCAGAAUUUGAAGAAAAUAUUCAGGAUAUUAUUGGAGAAGAGUCGUCGAAUGUUAUAUCACAACAUCCAACACGACCAUCCUCGAAGCGAAAUAUUAAUCUUGAACAUCAUCGAACGCCCAAUUAUGGAAAACAUCUUUCAGAUAGUUUUCUUGAUCGUUAUCAAAUGUUUUUGGAACGAAGUGCAACUCAUCGUCGUCAAUUAGCAACUAAAGUCGAGCAAGAAACAGCACAAACGAUGGAACGGCAAAUGGAAAUACAACAUCGAUUGCACAAACCUGAUCAACAUGGCGAACGCUACGAUGAUUUGUGUUUGCCAGCAGUUUUCAUGCCUUUUCGUUCCGGGAAUGUUUUCAAUCCGAGAGCUUAUCGAUUUUUUCAUCCAACUGGCACAACCGAUCCUCGUUUAACGCAAACACCGACAAUUUUCAAACUUCCACCACUUCCAUCGGGCUCGGUAUCUGUAUUGAAUCUGUUUGAAUUGAGUCGAUGUUAUGAUGGUUCGGCGGACAAAGAACAAUCUGUUGAUCAAACAAUGAAUCAAACUAACGAGCCAGCUCGACCCUUCUCGUCUCCAACUAAUCAACAACGAACAAACUAG